AUAAAAAAAUCUUUUACUUAUCAGUUUCUUAUCAUAUGGAGUAUAUGUUUGGAAAAGAAAGAAAAAAAAAACGAUUGUGAUCAGCAAGAGUCAUUGUGUACUUUUUACGAAGGAUUUUUAAGAAUCUUUUCAAACUAUGGAAGUUAUUGUAUGCAUAGCCAUAAUAAGCCUGUGGUGGAUUUUAUCGCUUACAAUUUUUUUGCCGUUUGUCAUUUUACUUAUCUUAAGCAAAACUCUGAGAGAUAAAUGGUUUACAUUUAUUUUUACAAAAUGUGAAAAUCCAAUGAAUUCGCCAGAGUUUUCUCGAAUGCGAAAGAAGCUCUUCAAACUUUUGGAAGAAAGCUUACCGAAUCAACGAAAAGUUGUCCCCCUUAAAGUGUUGGAAAUAGGAAUCGGAGAGGGAGCGAAUCUACAAUUUUAUCCAGAAAAUUCUACCCUCACUGCCUUAGACAUGAAUCCUUACUUCAUUCAACAUUUCAACAAAAACAGAAAGAACUAUCCUCAGGUGAAUUUGGAUGGAGUUGUUGUGAACUACGCUGAAGAUAUGAAGGAAGUUCCCAGCGAUGCUUUUGAUGUUGUUGUUUGUACUCACGUACUCUGUUCUGUGAAAAGUAUUCAUUCUGUUAUGAAAGAAGUGAAAAGGGUUCUGAAGCCUACUGGAAAGUUUCUCUUCAUAGAACACAUUGUUUUUCCAAAAAGCAAAGUAGAGCGCCUUGUUCAACAGUUUGCCACGCCGUUAUGGGCUAUCUAUUUUAAUGGAUGCUACCUCAAUCGAGACAUUCCACAAACCGUAAAGAAAGCUGGAUUCAGAGACGUUCACUGCGAUGUCAGUUAUCUACCAUUUUUACCCUUGUUUAUAAGACUUCAAUGCUUUGGAAUUGCUACAAAAUAAAGUUUACUUUCCAAUAACUUUCGGUCUCAUGUCAUAAAUAAAAAACCAAAGUUACUAGAAAUGGAAAUAAAUUAAUGAAUCAGUCAAAUUUGGAUGUUUAUAUGGCCGGUAACUAAUUAUGUUUGGAUUUUUCGAGUAAUAAAAAUGGUUUUAAUUUUUAA